AUGACUCUCGUUGAACCUGGAAAACCGGCAUGGCACAAAAUACGUAAAGAGUUUGGAGCUGAAGUGAUUUGUAGCGAUGGAACAAUCAACAGGGAAAAGCUGGGGGAUUUGAUAUUCAAUGACGUUGAGAAAAGAAGGAAGCUGAAUGCCUUUACACAUCCGGACAUAUACAAAGAAAUGUGCUGGCAGGCAUUCAAAUAUUUUUUUCAAGGUCAUCCGUUCAUUGUCAUGGACGUACCAUUGCUCUUUGAGACUGGCAAGAUGCUCCAUUAUGUGCACAAGAUCAUUGUUGUAACAUGUGAAGAAGACCUCCAACUUCAACGCCUAAUGAAACGUUCUGGAUUCACAGAGACUAAAGUAAAAUUACGAAUUGCAGCUCAAAUGUCUCAGGAUAGAAAAGCGGAAAUGUCAAAUUUUGUUAUAGAGAAUUCAAGCAGUUUACAAGACAUGCGAGAACAAACUAUCAAAAUCAUAAAUGUGCUCAGAAGUUAUAAGUAUCAUUGGAGACUGAGAUUCAUCCUUGGCUUCUGCUGUACUAUCCUAUUAGCAGGUGCCUUUUGGCUCAGGAAUAGAAGCACCAAAGCACAGUUAACCACUCUAUAA